AUGCGCUCAGUCACUCGACUGCAGUCUAUACUCGGUUGGAUCGCCUUCGCCAAGAGGCCUCUUCGAAAGGCGGAGCUUCGAUCUGCUCUGGCGUUUGACUACGACGCGCAGGACCUCGAGAUUCAGGAGUUGGCCCCGAACUACCUCUUUGAUAUGUGUGCGCCGCUCAUUGAAGAGCGUAGUGACUCUACCUUUUCUCUCGUUCAUUCCUCAGUAAAGCAGUGA